GUCGCGGCAGGCGCAGAAGUUCUUCCUUGGGAGCAGACUUCUUGUUCUUUCCCAUGUAUCUUGCUCGCGACGAGUAGCGUGCAAGAGAACGGCUCGCAGGGGAGACCAGGCUAAUUGAUAAGAGCGAAUAUUGCAAAUCAAGGCAUUCAAACGGAGGAAUCUCUAGGAAUCUGCUUAUGGCAACAAUACAAUUCUACAACUACGCAAGCUGUCUGACUCGUGGGCGAUGCCGUCCUCGCGAUGGGCAGUGCAACGCCUCCCGGGUUUCAUACAGUUUGUCGCUCUCUUAAUUCCUCGCUGUCUGUCGACUUGCGCUCACUGUCAUCAUGCCGCCCACCGUUCCAUGGCUCCCAUCUUCGUCCGGACGCGGCCUGCUCACACGCACCCUCCAACUGCGCAACGAUGCACAGGCCGACUUCGCUGCUGUCAAGUCGCAAUGGGCGAACCCAAAUGACAUCCUCAGUAUCCUUACCAUCAUCGGUGGGGACAUCGUCAAGACUGCCCUCGCAUCCCUCGCCGCGCCCACCCCGCUCUUUGGCUUUCUUCCUCUCACUCCCGUGGCUUUCUCGUUUGGCUGGGUAGGCUACGCCUUCUCCGCAAUUCUCUCGUCCAUCGGCGAUGGCAAGCUAAUGCCUGCCCCCGACUGUUCCGCGAUACUUGUCAAUGCGCGCUCGGGGUACAGUCGCCCCAUCAACUCCUUCAUCCUCUCCCGGCUUGUGCGUGACUACGAGUGUCCCAAUAAGCGCGGGCUCACCGUCGCCUUCUUCCGCACCUCGCCCUCGCGGCCCGCCGGCAUGCCGGCGCGCGACUGGGUGUACUGGAGCGGCCUCGAAAUGAUGGUGUGCCAGAUCGGUAUCGCAUGCAUCCCUGGCGCGCUCUCCGGGAACUGGCUCAUCCUCAUCCUCACCGUUGGUGGGACGCUCCUCGCGCUCCUCCAGGGCGCACUCCCGCAGUGGCGCCAGGAGAAGUGGUCCGCGCGCAAGGUCGCGCCUGGCAAGCAGGACGUCGUGUGUCUUACACGCGGGAACGGCUCGGUCAGUGUGCUCGUGAUCGUGAGCGACGGCUGCGGAUACAAGCUCGAGGACCUCGCGGCUGCCCGCGAGGUGCAUUCGCGCGUGACGGCACCCGCGACGUUCGUGCUCGCUGCGCUGUGGAUCGUGCACCUCAUCACGACGGAGAGCCUCAAUUCGAGUGCGUGGUAUUCGCUUGCGGUUGGCGGGCUGGGCAUGCUCCAGAAUGUGAUCGCAGCGGGCGCACGGCGGGAGGCGGGCGCACUGGGAUUCCACUUGGAGAAGGGACCUGUGGUACAUGAGAAGAACGUUUUCGGGACGUUGAAAAAGGUGGAGGAGAUGGCUGAUGACAAGGAGUCCGCUGUGGAUAUGGGUCGAGGGGUAGGUCUCUCGCUGAUUCCGAUCUUCUUCCCGGGAGGGCUUAGGGAGGACGAGGAAAAAUGGGUGAAGGAGAGGACAAAGAUCAACAAAAUGCUGGAUCAUAAAGACAAGGAACGCGCCACGUUCAACGCGGCGAAGGUAUCGUCGCCAUCGGCCGCGCCAAUUCAAGAAAUGGCGAAGUCAACCAUUGCGAGCGACACGAAGAUGAGCCGCUCAAUGACCCGAAACGACAGUCCAGGCGAGCUGAAGGACGAGUACUUUUGGGGGCCAGACCGUACUUCGCCAGUAGAGCUACAGUACUCUGAGUACGAGAAGCUGGACAAGAACGGCACGUCUGCGACAGCGACUGAAGUUGGUCGCGCGUCAUCCUCGGACACCUCCACUCAGCCAUGCCACUGAGGCCGCCUUGACACCUUGCCGGCAAGAUGAGACUGCUAUCGAGCAGGCAACUGCUCUGCGGGGUCCGCUGAGCCCUUUUGAUCAGGUCGGAUCUGGUGGCGAAAGCUUAUUUGCCUUUAGUACGUUUGCAUGACCACAGCAUUGUCAUCGUUACGCGAGGUAACGGUUGACGUAGGCUAUGAUCUUUGACGAUGUUUGAUGACAUGUAUUUUAUUUCUGAUGACAUGGCCGUGACGAAUAUACUUGAGAGAGUAACACUGCAG